CUCAGUCGAACAGAACGGGUUAGGGGGAUACUGAUUAUCGGGGUUUAUUUCAUCUCUCUCUCUCUCUCUCAUUGCCGCAAAUUAUGGCCGCAUCGGCGAUGGUUCUAGAUCCAAAACCCUCUUCUGACCCACCGCCGUCGAUCCCCUCCUCAAGCUCCGAGUCUUAUGCCUUCUCCGACCCAUCAUCCUUCCCCGACGAGGAUGACCUCUAUGCUCGCCUCAAGUCGCUUCAGCGGCAGCUCGAGUUCAUCGACAUCCAGGAAGAGUACGUCAAGGACGAGCAGAAGAACCUCAAGCGCGAGCUUCUCCGAGCUCAAGAAGAGGUCAAGCGGAUCCAAUCGGUGCCGCUCGUCAUCGGACAGUUCAUGGAGAUGGUCGACCAGAACAAUGGGAUCGUUGGCUCGACGACCGGGUCGAAUUACUACGUCAGGAUACUUAGUACCAUUAAUCGGGAGCUCCUUAAGCCUUCAGCUUCAGUGGCUUUGCAUCGCCACUCGAAUGCGCUCGUGGACGUGUUGCCGCCGGAGGCCGACUCUAGCAUCUCAUUGUUGAGCCAGUCCGAGAAGCCCGACGUAACCUAUAAUGAUAUUGGGGGAUGCGACAUUCAAAAGCAGGAAAUCCGUGAAGCUGUUGAAUUGCCUUUGACACAUCAUGAGCUAUACAAACAGAUUGGGAUAGAUCCCCCUCGAGGUGUCUUACUUUAUGGUCCACCUGGCACAGGCAAAACCAUGCUUGCCAAGGCUGUUGCCAAUCAUACAACUGCAGCCUUCAUAAGAGUAGUUGGUUCUGAAUUUGUUCAGAAGUAUUUGGGUGAGGGUCCGAGAAUGGUCCGUGAUGUUUUUCGCCUUGCCAAAGAGAAUGCCCCUGCAAUUAUCUUUAUUGAUGAGGUUGAUGCCAUAGCUACUGCUAGGUUCGAUGCCCAAACUGGUGCAGACAGAGAAGUUCAGCGAAUUCUUAUGGAACUCCUGAACCAGAUGGAUGGUUUUGACCAAACAGUAAAUGUGAAGGUAAUAAUGGCGACCAAUCGGGCUGACACACUUGACCCUGCACUUCUGCGUCCUGGAAGGCUUGACAGGAAGAUUGAAUUUCCUUUGCCUGAUAGACGUCAGAAAAGGCUUGUUUUUCAGGUCUGCACUGCUAAGAUGAACUUAAGUGAUGAGGUAGACUUGGAAGAUUAUGUUUCUAGGCCUGAUAAAAUUAGUGCUGCUGAGAUUGCGGCAAUUUGUCAAGAAGCAGGAAUGCAUGCGGUUCGCAAGAACCGGUAUGUUAUACUUCCAAAGGACUUUGAAAAGGGUUACAGGGCAAAUGUUAAAAAGCCUGACACAGACUUCGAGUUUUAUAAGUGAAGCAUUAUGAAAGCACAUUUAGAACAUUUGGAUACUUUUAGUGGACUCCUCUUUGUAAACGUCAAAAUAUUUCUCCUCCAUUCCUUUGUGUGCUAAUGGCAUGCUUUGUAUUAUUAUAAUUUUGCUUAGUAAGUAGUCGCAACUUGCAAAUGUUAAAAGCUCUCUUAAAGCUGUGGUCGUGUUGGAUUGGGCCUCUCUUGUUUGUUUGUAGAUAUCUCAAGUAUUUGUCAUGUGUGUUAA